CUGUUAGUCGGUUUAAUGUUUCUGGCCAACUAUCAGGAGCAGAAAGAGACGAGAGACGAGAGCCGAGAGCCGAGCUAUGUACGUACGGGCAAUGCCUGCCUCUGUCAGAUGGCAAGAGAACGCGGUUCAUUUUUAGUCGAGGCUGCGUAGUGAGCACAUCGUGUGGUGUCGUGUGUCGUGAGUCGUUGUUCAUUUUCCGUAGUCGGUGGGUAUCGUCCCGUCGUUGGUGCUGUCGCUGUAGCUGUCACAUCGCUGUCAAUGCUCUUGUCGCAGUAGUUGUGGAAUCGUGUGGCCUCGUGCAUCGCUUGCCUGCAUCACCGUCGCUUUUUCCGUCUCUCAGUCGAGUACGUGGUCGAAACGGUCGAGGUCGAAGCCCGCAGGAGUAGGAAGGCAAAGGCAGUUCUGUUUUUGGCAGCAGCAGCACCAGGAGCACCAGGAGCACCAGGAGCCCACACCCAGCAAAAAGCGUUCGGACACGGACCACCACGUGCGAACAAAAUUCAAGCUUCUUCACCAUGGGCCCGGAAUAAAAUACAACGCCACAGAUGCAAGUGCCACAAUAAGCGACUUGCCAAGCACCAAAAAUGGAAUUUAAGGGAUUUUCUGUGUCAGCAGAAAUUGUGUCAUUAUGGCAAUUUAAGUCAAGUUUGUAGUCAUCCCAAAUAUACGAUUACGAUUGCGUUUCUCGUGCAACUGCUUCCCCUUUGAUUGUCACCCAUUGUUGCCCUGGAUUCAAUGAGCACCACUUGAAGCCAGAGACCCAAUCGGUUUUCUGCACAGAAUUAAAGUUCCAGCCGAGAACAAAGUAUAUACACAAAUGAUAUAAAUAAAUACGUAUACUAUACAAUAUAACAAAUAAACCGCAAACCAAACCGUCAAUGACAUUUGCACUGCCACAGCGGUAAAAUAUUGCGACUGCUCCUCCACAAAAUGCCAGCUGUGAUCCACGCAAACAGUUUUCAUCGAGCGUUGAUUGUGACAACUAUUGAAUAAACAAAAUACAAUUAUUGAUCAUAAGCACUCGAAGACAUCGAUUAAGAAAAGCUCUGCAUUGAGAUGGAAUUGUAUUGUUCAUUGUUUAAAGGAAAUCAGACUGGAAAUUCAAUUAGAAAAUACAGAGCUGUGUGGUAAGACCAUUAUCUGAGUGAACGCAAUAGCCCCUGACUGAUCCGGAACAGGAACAAGAUUGUCCCAUAAGCCAAGCGACCGCCUAGAGGGUGUCACAAACGUCGAGAAAUAUUUCUUGUCGGAUUGUCAUGACAGCCUGAAAUAAGGUAGAGAUUGAGAGACCACCGAACCGACCUACGCCCAGGCAUAGACACAGCCACAGACCAGACACCGUUCAGUCAGCGAUAAAUGGUACCUGCAAUUGAACGCCCAGAAAUGUAUGCCGAGAUAAUCAGAGCCAGGAGCAGUCACUGACUUGCGACACAACAGCACCAUUCCAGCCCCAUACUGUCCCUUCGCUCGAGGAUCAACCGAUUGUGAUGACAUAAAAUGGCCAAGAAUUAGGCAAGGAAAAUCAUUUGCCGUGGAGAACUGUUAGCGCCUGUCUCUUGUCCAUCGGCCACGGUUCGGGUGGAUUGCUGUCAGAGCUCGAGUGACACAGAGGCCGGACACAAACAACAAUAAAUCGGUCAAACAAGUCUUUUCCAAAUCUAUUUAAUUGUACAGAAUGAAUUUCUUGGAGCCAUACGUAUCAUCUAGAGCCGCCUCUGACGCCGUCAAAUGGUUGGCAUAUGGCCUGGGAUUUCUCGUUAUGCUGCCAGCUUGCUUUGCCGGCCCCCACGAGAAGCGAUUGCUGCAUGCACUUCUGGACAACUACAACAGCUUGGAGCGGCCUGUGGUGAAUGAGUCAGAUCCAUUGCAGUUGAGUUUCGGACUAACGCUCAUGCAAAUUAUUGAUGUGGAUGAAAAGAAUCAAUUGCUCAUAACAAAUAUUUGGCUUAAGUUGGAAUGGAAUGAUAUGAAUCUACGCUGGAAUUCCAGUGAGUUUGGUGGUGUGCGGGACUUGCGAAUUCCGCCGCAUCGUUUAUGGAAGCCGGAUGUUCUCAUGUACAACAGUGCAGACGAGGGCUUCGACGGCACUUAUGCCACCAAUGUGGUGGUGCGCAAUAACGGGAGCUGUUUGUACGUUCCUCCGGGCAUCUUCAAGUCAACGUGCAAGAUAGAUAUCACUUGGUUCCCAUUUGACGAUCAACGAUGUGAAAUGAAAUUUGGAUCGUGGACCUACGAUGGCUUUCAGUUGGAUCUGCAGUUGCAGGACGAAGCUGGAGGAGACAUUUCCAGCUUCAUAACAAACGGAGAGUGGGAUCUGCUAGGUGUGCCCGGCAAACGAAAUGAAAUCUACUAUAAUUGCUGCCCAGAACCUUAUAUUGACAUAACAUUCGCCAUUCUGAUACGACGCAAAACCCUUUACUAUUUUUUCAAUUUAAUUGUACCGUGCGUACUAAUUGCAUCCAUGGCACUGCUAGGGUUUACGCUUCCACCAGAUUCUGGUGAGAAGCUCUCACUUGGAGUCACUAUCUUGCUAUCGCUCACAGUCUUCCUCAACAUGGUUGCAGAAACAAUGCCGGCGACCUCUGACGCCGUGCCGCUACUUGGUAAGUACAGAAUGGAAAGGGAAACCUUCGACUCCCACAACUAAGUACUACUUAUCUAAAACUUCUUAACGCACUCUCAAUUCACUCAGAAACUAAUCAGCAAAGAUUCUAAUUUUCCGCGCAGCCACGAUCGAUGCCUCAACGUUUGUAUUAAACGUUUUUCUUACGUUAACGUUAUAUUUGUCGUCUUUCUAGUACGAAGUUUAUCAUUUUCGAAAGUUGGGGCACACACUAUUUAAAUGGACUGCAAGUAACAAUUCAAUGUCAGGGCUUUCGCAAGAUUCAAUGAACUGUAAACUUCGGCACACACGCACACAUACACACCCACACAUAUACAGAUUUAAAGUCGCAGUCAUACAAUAUUCUAACACCAAUUAAUGAGAGUUUACUUGCCUACCAAUCACUUGGUCGUACACUUCAAAAAGAAGAGUUUUAAACCAAAUAUCAAAACCAGUUUUGAUGCAUACAUUUUUGAAAGAAUGAAUAGUGUCAUCUGAUAAUCCCGUUGCUCAACGUUGCUUCAGACAUAUUUCGGAUGUAUGGCCCCGCACUUUUUUGGCUGAUUUUUGUCUUGAUUUUUCGUGGUAGAUGCAGCAAGGAAUGACUGAGAUUUCCUUCGGUAAAGGCAUGCUGUUUGGUUGAAAUCUUCAGAUCGGGAGGAAGCUGAAACAUUGCCUUGGCAAGAUAGCCGGGAUAAUGCAGUGCCCACUGCCCAACCGGCCCCUUAGGGUUCAGCUGGAGGAUUUUCUCCUUAUCUUUGACGUCGGGUUUAUCUUAAAUUAUAGUGGAAUACGGCCAUCAAAGUUUUUUUGUGUUUCGUGUGUUUUGGAAGAAUACAAAAUUAUGAGUGAAUAAAACCAUGGGCAAGUGAAAAUGUUGAAAAAUAUGCGACCAAGUGUGGGACACUCUUUACCAAAAUGUUUUCAAAUCUUCUUUAUGUACAUUAAUCAGCAGAGAUAUUUAUAAUGCCAAAGAUGUUGUAACGUUUCAAUCGGCUUCAAGUGGAUGCUCAGCUACUUCUCGUCUCUUCUUGCUUAAAGUAUCGCUGUAUCUCUUUAUUACGUAUAGUCUGUCAUUCGCCUCCAGAGGCG